UAGACGGGAGAGGGGGCCUCGCGUGGGUCGGCACCGGCGCGUCGGGCGUGGUACUGAUCGGGGACGCUCAUCGGUUCGGCAACGGCUUCGGCUUCGGCCGCCUCGGCUCUGCCUUCGGUUCGUGCCCGUGGGUGUUUCGUGUUUCGAGAGUAGCCUAGCCGUUGGCGUUGGCGCGUGCAUGUUCUCGUAAGCCGGCAACAUUGGAUCUUGUACUCUGCUGCCUCGUGUUGUGAAUUGCGAUCUGUGGAAAUGCGUGAAAUGGGGCCUUCUGAUGCUCAGUGGUCGAAACUACUGCAGCUCAUUGCAGGAGAUAAGGAGCUUCUGCAUACACAGUUCUUAGCUCCAGGUGGAGUCGUCAGAGUACCAGCAAAGUGGGAGGCAAUCGCCAUUGAACUCAACAAAAUUCCAGGUUGUCAGAAGACUGGGGAGAAGUGGCAUGCAGCCUGGAUUGGACUGAGAGGCCGUGCCCGCCAAGCACUACGUUUAAAAAACGCAUAUCGCCAAAGGACUGGUGGGGGCCCAUCAGCAAAUGUAGCUGGUCUGAAAUUGUCAGAGCUUCACCAGAAGGUUAUCAAUUUAACCGGAACAACGGCUGCUUUGGGAACAGGGUGUCCGAAUCCUCUGCAGAUUCAGCUAAAUCUUGCACGGGACCGUGCUGCUGCACCUGAAGAUGCAGUGAAUGCAGCUGCACCCCUCGUGUUGCCUGCACCUCAAGAUGCAGUGAAUGCAGCUGCACCCCUUGUGUUGCCUGCACCUCAAGAUGCAGUGAAUGCAGCUGCACCCCACGUGUUGCCUGCACCCCUUGUGUUACCUGCACCUCAAGAGGCAGUGAAUGCAGCUGCACCCCUCGUGUUGCCUGUUGCUGUUGAAUUUGAUGCACCCCUGGAGUUUCUUGUGGAUGGCAAUGAUGUUGGGCAUUGGUCGCCCCUUAAUGAUGACCAGUGGAUUGGAGCGUCCCUGUUUGUGAAAGAGGAGGCAGAGGAGGACCUACUUGGUGCUGCAGCUCUGCCGCGUUUGAAGCAGGAGGUGAAAGGAGAGGCCAGUGAAAUAAUAUAUCUCACAGAUUCUGAUGAUGACUCCAAGCAGCAGACUUAUGCCGCAGUGAAACAAGAGGACAGUGAUGAUGUUGUCACCUUAAGUGAUGUAAGUUUCUCAUUACUAUAUGUAUUGUACUUUGCUAGUUUCAUGUGUACUAGUCCUCUUAGUUUUGAUUGUAAUUUAUCCCUAUUUAUCCCCUUCUCCCCCAGAGUCCUUAUCAACUGA